AUGGUCGCCGGGGAGCUCUGCAGCUCGGCGCAAGAGCACGUGCGCGUGUGCACGCGCGGCGGCGCAGCCGACGCCGCCGCCGUCUCCAAAGUAGCCGAACCGAACCGGUACGCGGACCUGGCGGAGGGAGCGGCUCCGGGAGACGCAGACGCCCCGGCCGCGGAGCAGGAGAUCCCGCCGGAUGAGAGAGAGGCGAUGCUGCCUAAAGGAGGUGCGGGUGGCGGAGGAGGAGGAGGAGGAGGUGCGGAGGAUGGGAGCAAACCCCCGCAGAUCGAGCUGUGCUGGCGUCGGUUCGCCGUUCUGGCCGUGUUCAGCCUGUACUCCUUGGUGAACGCCUUCCAGUGGAUCCAGUACAGCAUCAUCACCAACCUCUUCAGCCGCUACUACGGAGUCCGCAGCCACAAGGUGGACUGGCUCUCCGUCGUCUACAUGGUGGCCUACGUGCCGCUGAUAUUCCCCGCCACCUGGCUGCUGGACAAGAAGGGCUUGAGGCUGACGGCGCUCAUGGGCUCCGGGCUGAACUGCCUCGGCGCUUGGCUCAAGUGCGCCAGCGUCCGCCCGGACCUGUUCUGGGUCACCAUGAGCGCGCAGGUCAUCUGCUCCGUGGCGCAGGUGUUCAUCCUCGGCCUGCCGUCGCGCAUCGCCUCCGUCUGGUUCGGACCCAAAGAGGUGUCCACCGCGUGCGCCACUGCCGUGCUCGGGAAUCAGUUGGGGACAGCCAUAGGGUUCCUGCUGCCACCAGUCUUGGUUCCCAACACUGUCGACAUGGACUUGAUGGGAAACAACAUCAGUGUCAUGUUCUAUGGCACCGCCAUCGUCUCCUCUGUCCUCUUCAUACUCGCUGCUAUAGUCAUAAAGGACCACCCCCCUCUCCCCCCCAGUCAGGCCCAGGCUGUGCUGCCAGACUGCCCCCCAGAGGACUACUCCUACAGACAGUCCAUAGUCAACCUCUUCAGGAACAAAGCCUUCAUCCUCCUCCUUGUCAGCUACGGUAUAAUGACCGGCUCCUUCUACUCUGUGUCCACCCUCCUUAACCAGAUGAUCAUGGCCUGCUACGAGAAUCAGGAGCUGAAUGCGGGGAGGAUUGGUCUGACUCUGGUCGUCGCUGGGAUGGUGGGCUCCAUCAUCUGUGGGCUGUGGCUGGAUCACACUAAGACAUACAAGAUCACCACCCUGGUUGUUUACGUCCUGUCCUUUCUUGGGAUGUUGGUCUUCACCUUCACUUUGGACCUCAGCAACAUCUACCUGGUCUUUUUCACUGCCGGGGUCCUGGGGUUCUUCAUGACUGGAUAUCUACCUCUGGGUUUUGAGUUCGGAGUUGAAAUCACCUACCCGGAGUCUGAAGGCACCUCCUCCGGACUCCUCAACGCCUUCGCUCAGAUCUUUGGGAUCAUUUUCACUCUUAUCCAGGCCAGACUGACCACAGACUAUAACCCGCUGGCUGGAAACCUCUUCCUUUGCGCCUGGAUCUUCCUCGGAAUUAUUCUCACCGCAUUAAUCAAGUCAGAGCUGAAAAGACACAACAUCAACAUCGGAGCAGAUAACAACCGCCUGCAAGCACUGCCCACCGAGUGCCCUUCAGAGAAGACAACCAGCGAGUCUAAGCUCGAGUCUUCGCUCAGCUUCUCUCGUGAGACGUCUCUGUAA